AUGUCAGCUUCACAUUCAAGCCCGUUAGAUGUUUCUGCUGUUGCAGAUUCUGUCAAGACUCCUAUCAGUGCAGCAGAUACUGCCAUGCUCCAAUUUUAUAGAGAUAGAGCAUCACAGCUGUCCUGCGACAUAGAUAUCGAAGGCUACUCAGUUUCUCCCAUGAGUAUUACUGCCAGAAGUGAAACUACAAACACAUCGACUACUCACAGUCCUAUUUUAUCUCAUCAUGCAUCUGUUGCUGACGACGUGCAGUCGAUCAACACACCGCCCACAAGACUGGAUCUGAACAGUCCAUUGACGAAUGAUUCCGCCAUUGAUGCUGCUACUCCUGUUCUAUCUAAUACAGCAAUAGCUGCCGUAUCAAUUCCGUACAAAACCAGAGUUUCUAAUGUGCAGCCUAGUAGUCUUGAUGGCAUCACUUGCUAUUGCAAACUUGUUUGUGAAGAUAAACAAAGGCCCAUGCUUCAGUGUAUUGUCUGCAGCUGUUGGUUUCAUCAAGCGUGUAUAGAAACGAUCCAAACAUGGACAUGUCACUCGCUUUUAGGAGAUGAUUACUAUCAAUUUACUUGCAAAACGUGUGCACGCCUUAUUUCUAAUGACGGUCGUAAAUUUUACAACUGGAGAUUGGAUAUUUGUAAAUUCAUUGAUACCAAUUGGGAUUUAUUUUGGCUCAAACCUCGACCCAACACUUGGAAAAAUAGUGUUGCUAGCUGUCUGUCCACUUCUGCUCGAUUUGUAUCAGGUGUCAAGCAUUUUGGCAGUGAUCAAGGAUUCUGGGCACUGGCCGAGUCGAGUUUUCCUUCAGCAUCCGAGCUAUCACGAAAAUCAAAAAUAUGUGCAUACUUGGUAAAUCCAGAUGGCUUGUUGUUUGAAGAAGAGGGUGGAAAAAAGGAAAGGAAACGAAAAAAGGUGGAAACAAAUCAGAUGCCAGCAACUGUCAUACAAGAGACAUUUCCACUACAGGAGCUUCAGCAACUGCAAUCUCAACCACCUGUUCAAAAAUCGUCAAAGCCAAAAACAGGAACUACUCCAAUGGUCAAAACCGAAUCAAAUUCAAAUUGGGAAAGUGUUGCAGACAAUGUUUCAAUAAAGAAAGUCAAGCGACAGGCUCGACCAAAAAAGCAAAUUGACGCAGACAUGCAGGAUGAAGAUAUUGACCCUGCUACAGCAAUCAUGAUAUAUCCUGAUGUAGAUAAUCCUGCAUCUGACGUUGUCAUGAGUCAUCAACCUACACAUACCGCACCUCAAAUCAAGUUUAGCGAUGGAGGUCGCCAGGUUACCAACGAAAAGGGAUAUCGAAUGGCUAAAGCAUCACAUGGUGUAUGGAGCGGACACUGGUAUUUUGAAAUUAAAAAAGAAAAUGCUGUCGGACACUGUCGAGUUGGGUGGUCUCAAAUAAGUGGAGAUCUGCAAGCUCCUUGUGGCUAUGAUCAAUUCAGCUACUCCUAUCGUGAUAAUCCAGGUGCUCUUUUUCAUCAAUCAUGCCAGGCUAAAGAUGCACCUAAAGCAUAUGCCGAAGGAUUCGGCCAAGGAGAUGUAAUAGGAAUGUCCAUUUAUUUUCCACCUGAAGAGUUGGCAGAUGCUGGAAACACUCCUGAUUCAAUUGUCAGCUUUGUUGAUCAGCCAUUGCAAGAUUUACAAAGUCUAAAAAAGGAUAAACAAUCGAAUGAAAAUGAAUGUAGUCAAGGUUUUCAAGAAAAGACUGUCGAUUUGGUGCUUCUACAAGGCCAAAUAGCAGAUUCCCAGUCCAAAUCCCAACAGCAAGCACAUCUGCAGCUAGAAGCAGAGAUACCAAUGCAAACCGAUCAUUCUACCCCGCAAUCACACACAUAUACUUCCUCACCAACAAACACUGAAGAACUUAAAACGCCUCCGUCACAAUUUCCGCCUAUAAAACAUUCAAAGGUUCAUCCUGUGCUGCUUAGAAGAUUAUGGGAUGCAGCCCGUAUGCUACAUUACAUGCCCUUUCGCAGUAAACCACUAGAAGUUAUACCCGGGACGGAAAUUCAAUUUUUCAAAAAUGGCGUGCCUUUGGGUGUGGCAUUUAAAAACCUUUAUCAAGGAAAAUAUCAUCCGGCUGUAUCACUUUAUGGAGGUGCAUUAGUCAGGGUUAAUUUUGGUCCAAAUUUUGCUCAUCCAGUUCCAAAUGGUGCGCUGCCUUUUUUUCAAGUGAAAGGCCUACUAUCAUGGAACAAAUUGCGUGAUGCUAAUCGUCGUAAUCAAUCUAAAGAGCACAGCGGAGAAACCAUGAAAAAGCAAGCAUCAAAACUAGAACGAAAAAAUCAAAAACAGUUUAAAUCACAAAUGCUGAGCGCUAAUAGCAGUGCCUAUGCAUUGAACAUCCAAAGCAAUAGUAUAAUUUUACCAGCAGUGAAUGAUGACGUUAAGCCUGACGAGAAAGAUGCUGUAUAUACUGAGCCAGUUUUAACUGAUUCUUUGAUGGAUUACUCAUCAGUAAAUCGCAAUGCCAUGGAUCCAUUUGAUCUUGUUGAUACUCUGGAGUAUAGCGCAGGAAAAAGCACAACUGAUCAGCAUGAUCAUAAACUAGACUCAUCAUUGGAGUCACUAUCGAGUUCAGACAUAACUAUGGAUCAUGCCGAGAUUGUUUUUACAAAUAAUCUAGACGCGAAUCACGGUGCUAAUUCUACCAUGGCAUAUUUUGUUACUCCUACUGUUGAUUUGGUUAAACCCUCUGUUGAUGUUACGAUCAAGCAAGAGUCGAUUAUAUCUGACACUGAAAUGGCUGAUGAUUUGUCCGAGUAUAAUGCCACAAACGUUGAUAUGCAAGAAUUUGCAUCAGAAACAGUCGAUAAUGUAACGAAUGACUGUUGA